AAUCCAUUAGUUAAUUAAAGCUCUUAAACGUUCUCAGAAUAAUGGAAACUUAUUCGUUGAAAGUAACGAAUAGGCCAUGACUCUGGACGUACAUAGGUCUUUCAGAUCUAAUUUUUUAGCAUUUUCAGCAUCGGAAUUUGCUAGGGCUUGUUUUCAUGAUGAUCGAAAAGGUCAAAAACUUUCGCACUGAAGCUAAUGGAACAAGUUCACAUCUUUGAAUGAUAAUUACUCCUGAACGAUUUUUCAGAUCAAAACAACUUAGCACAAUCUACUCAAUAAAAUCGUGAAUUUUGAAUGGCUGAAAAAAAUUUACCGCGAAAUUUCUUUACAUCCAAAUGUGACACUUUCUCGACUUUGAAAGGUCAUCGUUGAAAUUUGAAUUUUGUGGUCAUAUUCUUAAUAACGCCAAACAAAUCUUACACAUUUUGUCUACCGAUUGGAGUUAUUAGAUUAAAUAUUGAACGAGUAGUUUUCUUGAAAUUGGCUCUCAAAAGUGGAAAUGGUUGUUUGUUACGUCCUGUAUAAUUUGAAGUAAUUUCAAGUUAUUGAUUUACAAAAUUCUAGGAAAACCAAUAAAGAUCAUGUUGAAUCCUUUAAUUAAUGUCCGAGUUCACAAGAUAAUCUCAUGAUAAUGUUGGGUAUAUUUCAACACUUGUAUUAAUUAAUCAUCUCUGUUAAUUGAAUCAAUUUUUUCCCUGCAAAUGUUACCAGGGGAAUUUAUCGAUUAUUGAUUGAGAAUAUGAAUUAAUAUCCAAAAAGAAACAGUUGAAAAGAAUUGGAAAUUUACAUUCAAUUCUUGGAAAAAAAAAUCAAUCGAUUGAUUGUAAACAAAAAACCUUGAGAAUCAAUUGAUUGUUAAUAACAAGGAAGACAACUAAAGAUGAGGUAGCUGACCAGUGGCUAUUUAAUGUGUCUCAUGAAAAAUGUUAACAAUCAAGAUUAUGGUAAAUCAUUACGAUUGAUAUUAUUUAUUUUUUACUCUUUCAUUAGUAUGUUAAUCAUUUUGUUAUUAUCAUUAAUUAGUUUGAUUAUAAUCAAUUGGAUUGAUGGUCAACCCUUGUGUCCACCUCUUGAUCCACCUCUUUAUGGUUAUAUUAUUAACGAUGGUCACUGUUUAACUAACAUUGGAUCAACAUGUUCCCUUAGGUGUAAACCAAACUACGAACCCCUUGGACCAUGUUCACGUUCAUGUCAAUCAAAUGGUUCCUGGUCAGGGUCAACAUUAUUAUGUCUUAAUCGUGCUCUUAAUUGUCCACCUUUAACCCUUUCUGAAAGUGUCUCAGUUGGUGGACCUUGUUUCAAUGUCCCCGGGGGCAUUUGUCAAUUCAAUUGUCCACCAGGUACAACACUUUUAGGAUCAAAUUCAAUUUAUUGUACAUCAACCGGAACCUGGUCAGCAACACCUCCAACCUGUUCACCUACAGGUUGUCCACCUCUAAGGUCACCUGAAAAUGGUCAAAUGUCAACACUAUGUGGUGAACAAGAAACACUUUCGGUCAUAGGAACUGGAUCGAUUUGUACAAUUAACUGUAAUCCAGGUUAUCAAUUAAUUGGACCUGGAAGGUUAAUCUGUUUGGCUUCGGGCUCAUGGGAUUUACCUUUACCUUCAUGUAUACCGGUCAACUGUCCACCCUUUGGCUAUUCUGGUCAAGAUGUACCGUUGGUUUCAUGUAUUCAUCCAUUGGGCUAUCAAGUUACAGAAUCAGCAUUGAUUCCUGGGACAAUUUGUCGCUUUUCAUGUCCAAAUUGUUAUUUGUUAUCUGGUCAGUCAACAAUUUCCUGUUCCGGUGAUGGUCAUUGGAACGGGUCAGUUGGUACCUGUUUACCAAUUCAUUGUCCAGAUAUAAAUAUUAUAGCCAAUGGUCAAACCUCUGGAAUUUGUAUCAGGCCAAAUUGUAUGGACACUUGUUCAAUUUCAUGUAAUUCUGGUUACAUGAUAUCCAGUUCAUUGGUUAAUCUUGUUUGUCAAUCAACUGGACAAUGGAGUGGACCAUUACCAAAAUGUAUUCCCAUUCCCUCAUGUCCAGACUUAUCAUCUCCUGAUAGUUAUUCAAGUUAUCGUGGUAAUUGUCAGAAUGCUAAGAAUGGUGAUACAUGUGAACUAUUUUGUGACCCAUGUUACUUACCUACCGGACGGACCAGAGUAACCUGUCAAUCAAACGGUAAUUGGGACUCAAAUUUAGGGAACUGUGUCACAAAUAAUUGUCCAUCUCCAGUGAUGGUCAAUCUUUUAACGACCCAAGGACAAUGUAAAAAUGCCCGUUGUGGUGAUAUUUGUAUGUUUACAUGUAAAACUGGAUACGAGUUACAAGGAUCUCGUUCAUUGACUUGUGGUCAAAAUGGUCAAUGGGAUAAUCCAUUUCCAACUUGUCGUUUAACUAAAUGUCCUGAUUGGCAAGUUCCAAUGGGAGGUAUUUUCAUCAAUGAAUGUCCAGAGGGGUUAAACUGUCCAUCCUUAUGUCCAGGUCAACCUAAUCAACGAUGUAACCUAAGGUGUGGAGCGGGUUAUCGGCUGAUCGGAACAGCCGAAGAGGUCAUUUGUUUACCUGGUACAUUACAAUGGUCUCAACCUUUACCAACAUGUGAACCGAUUCGUUAACUUGACAAUUAAGAAAAAAAAAAUAAAUUAAAUUAGAUUCUUAAGAAUAAGAAAUAAAAACCAACAAUUCUUAUUCCAAGC